GUGCCGCUCCUCAUCGUGAAGGUGCUGCUCCUCAUCGAAGGUGCCGCUUCAUAUGUGAAGAUGCCGCUCCCCAUCGCGAAGACGCCGCUCAUUCUCGCGAAGGCGCUGCCGAUCUUCAUCGCGAAGGUGCCGCCGCUCAUCGUCGUGAUGGUGUUGCUGCUCCUCAUCGUGAAGAUGGUGCCGCUCCUCGUUGUGAAGGUGCCGCUCAGCGUGAAGGUGCCGCUCCUCAUCGUGAAGGUGCCGCUGCUCACCGUGAAGGUGUUGUCGGUGCUGCCGCUCCUCGUCGUGAAGGUGUUGCCGCGCCUGAUCGUGAAGGUGUUGCCGCUCCUCGUCGUGAAG